CGGCCCUCCGACCCCGCCGCGGUUCUACCCCCCCGAACCCCCUCCACCAUCCAUUUCUUCGUUCGCGCAGAGACUAAAACCCUAGUAAUCCACGCCAAUCCCGACGACACCGUCCAAUCCGUCGUCGAUCUCAUCUGCGGCACCGCCGGCGUCGCCUCGCGCGAGCAGUGCCUCGUGUACGGCGGGCGCCAGCUCCAGGGAGACUCCACUCUCGCCGAGUGCUUCGUGGGGAACGACUCGAGCCUCCACCUCACCGGCCGCCUCCGCAGCACGAAGCAACCGCGCGCGUGGCAGCUCGCGAACGACAUGGUCUUCGCGAUCUCGAGCAUGAUCGACGGGCGCUUGUACGCCAACAGGGACGCCUCCUAUGUGAACACCCUCGUGAAGGAGUUCCUCAUCUUGUCCACUGCUGCCUCCGUUGAUCAGGGGACCGACCCCUUCUUAGAUUAUGUAGAGGUAUUCCUCUUGAGUGGCGCCACCGUGGCGCUCGUCAAAUUGUACCUCACUAAGUACCACAGCGCUGCAGAGAAGGCCAUUCGGUAUUUCGUGAAUUCGAAUUCGGAGUAUCUGCCCAAGGAUUUUCAGGUGAAGUGUAUUCCUAUACUUCUCGAUUUCUGUAAGUUGCUCGCUUGGACGGUCGGUAAGAAGGACUCGCUAUACCUGUCGUGUCGAAAUGCUUUUGCUUCGUUGCUGGAUGUGCCGGAUUGUUGGUGGGCUGGCCAUUUAGAGUGGCCGGUGAAUGUGAUACCGCAGUUGUUACCUUUUGCUAGAGAAAUGGCUGAUAUUGUGAUCGCAGGAUUGUCCUCGGACUCCAUGUUGGUUUCUGCCAAGGAUCUUUGCGAGUUAUCAAGCUUUUUGCAUGCGUUGCGCCGAGCUGUUCAGGAAUGGAUGGGUGGGAAGACUGGUCCAAUCCCGAAAAUGGUGUAUAAUAGCUGCGAUCAUUGGAUUUCCACACUCUAUGCUAUAUAUAGAGAGCUUUUGAAGAAGGUAGAUGAGUGUCUCAAGAAGUUAAACAGGGAUUUUCUGGAGAAAGGGAUGGGGCAGAGCAAAUCUCUUUCGUCCGAGUGCUCACAUAUCCUUGUCGUCUUGACGGAGCUUAAUUCGUUUUUGGAAAUUUACGAGGAUGCAAAGGACUCGCUUCAUUCUGUUCUGCUCGCUUGGCGGUUGCCUAUCAAUGCUCUUGUCAAAUGUGCAAAGAGGAACAGUAAUCUGUACUGGCUUCUAAAGCAUAAGGAUCUUUUGGAAUUUGAGGCAAGGCGAAAUUUGGUUUUGAUGUUGUUCCCUGAUGGAAAGGAUGAUUUUUAUGAGCUUCAUGAAAUGCUAAUUGACCGGUCAAGAUUGUUAGAGGAGUCUUUUGAGUAUAUUAUCCAGGCUGAUGCUAGUGCAUUGCGUGGUGGCCUCUUCAUGGAGUUCAAAAAUGAAGAAGCUACAGGUCCUGGUGUUUUAAGGGAGUGGUUCUCGUUGGUUUGUCAUGCAAUCUUUAGCCCACAAAAUGUGCUAUUCCUGCCAUGUGCAAAUGACCAAAGAAGGUUCUUCCCAAAUCCUGCGUCUGCCGUGGAUCCCUUGCACCUGAACUACUUUGUCUUUUCCGGUCGAGUAAUUGCACUAGCCUUGAUGCACAAAGUGCAAGUAGGCAUUGCGUUUGAUCGCCUAUUUUUCUUGCAGCUAGCUGGUAAAGCUAUUACUUUGGAAGAUAUUAAGGAUGCAGAUCCAUUCUUAUACAGUAGCAGCAAAAAAAUUUUAGAGAUGGACGCUGAUCUUCUUGAUUCAGAUGCAUUAGGACUGACGUUUACAAGAGAAAUUGAAGGAUUAGGAACUAGAAAGGUCAUCGAACUCUGCCCUGGUGGGAAGGAUAAAGUUGUAAAUAGCAAGAAUAGAGAGGAAUAUAUAGACCUUCUCAUUCAGGAUUGCUUCGUAACAUCUAUUUCCAAACAGGUUUCUCGUUUUGCUCAAGGAUUUGGCGACGUCCUUGCUGACUCAAAGCUUCAGAAGUUUUUCUUUCAGAGUUUAGAUAUUGAAGAUUUUGAUAGAAUGUUAGGUGGUAGUGAUUGCGUAAUUGACAUCAAGGAUUGGAAAGCACAUACUGAAUACAAUGGCUACAAGGCAAAAGAUCGUCUAAUCGGCUGGUUUUGGAAGGUGGUGGAGAGCAUGUCUAUUGAACAGCAGAGGAUGCUGCUUUACUUUUGGACCUCUGUAAAGUACUUGCCUAUUGACGGCUUUGGCGGUUUGCCUUCGAAACUGUACAUACAAAGAAGUCCGGUGCCGCAGGACCGCCUCCCGACAUCUCACACAUGCUUCUACCGCCUCCUCCUCCCACCUUAUCCUUCCCUCACCGUGAUGCGCGCGCGGCUUCAGAUGAUCAUUCAAGAACAUGUGAGCUCUACUUUUGGUAUAUGGUAGUACAAAAUUCAGAAGAGAUGGGAAGUGGGUAUAUUUGUACAUAUGACUGUUAAAUACAGGGGUGUUUUGCCUACCCUGUGUUGUAUUUAAAAAGGUAGAUGUCUGGUCCUAUUCAGGAUGUUUAGGCAAGGCUCCCCUUUUUCCUUUUCUGUUUUUUUUUUUUUUCGGGUAAAUGGUAAAUGAUCUUUGUUAAUAAUCAUCUAACAGGCUUCAAUUGCCAAAGGAAAGGGAUCUUUGCUUCCUGUUUUAGCAUGAUGCAUCUUUUCCUUUAU